UAGGAAUAGCACUGUAUGAUUAGUAUACGUUAUUUCAGAUACACCCUGUACAUCUUUAUAAUGAGGUCGUGUGUUAAAUCACAUGAAUGUGGUUGUCUAUUGCUCUGUCGUGUAUACCUAUAAAUUUCGCAAUGUAUAUGCCGCACUUUGCAGUGACAAGUCCAAUGCGAACCUGGACGAACGUUCAACGUGUCUUUACGAAGCUAUGACAAAGAAGGCGAAAUCUAUAGAUUAUCAUACGAUAAUAUAACAUUUUCAUUAUUUUUUUCCCAAAUUUUUUUGUCAUAAUUCGUAUUAUGUAUAAAGAGAUAAAGUGUGUAAAGAUAGAUGAAUUAGUCGUUUUAUUGAAUUAGUUACUUUACUGAACGUGCUAAACUUUAAUAUCUCAAAAUUUGAACAGCUCAUCAAGAUCCAACCAAUCAUAUUCAAUCGUUCGGUAAGCAUGCCUAGCCGUUUUGCCGUUUUGAACUCGCCCGAUGAUUUCACGCGAGAGUGUGUGAAUUUUACGUAACUUCAGUAAUAUCGAACUGAUAGAAGAAUUAGUGAAAGCAAUGAGUCCGAACAACAUAUUAUUUGUUUUCUUACUGACAGUUUUAAGUGUGAUCUUUUAUUUUGGUUCGACUUGCGCUUCUACGCAGCUUCCACCCAACAUUGUCAUUAUCAUCGCUGAUGAUCUUGGAUGGAACGAUGUUAGCUUCCACGGUGCCGAUGAGAUUCCUACUCCGAAUAUAGACGCUCUCGCAUACAACGGCGUGAUAUUGAAUCGACAUUAUGUAAUGCCGGUGUGCACACCGUCAAGGGUAGCUUUCCUUAGCGGGCGGCAUCCCCUAAGGACAGGCAUGCAGGGCUACCCGUUGAAAGCAGCCGAACCACGUGGUCUGCACUUGAACGAUACUCUUUUACCUGAGUAUCUUCGUAAACUCGGAUACACUACUCAUCUCCUAGGGAAGUGGCAUGUUGGUUAUCUCACGAGAAAUUACCUACCCACUCGUCGUGGUUUCGACACUUUCUUGGGUUAUUUCAACGGCGUUAUUGAAUACUUCAAUCAUACACUAGCCGAAAACGGACAAAUAGGCUAUGAUUUGCACCGUAUCGUAGGCGAUAAUCACACAGUUGAAUAUAGAUAUGACUACAUGACUAAUCUUAUAACCGAGGAGGCUGAAAAUAUUAUUUCAUCGCAUAAUACUGAGAGGCCCAUGUAUCUGCAACUAGCGCAUGUCGCCUCACAUGCUAGCGAUGCCGAAGAAGUCAUGGAAGUAUAUGAUUGGAAUGAAACGAAUGCCACUCUCGGCUACAUCCAAGACGUGAACAGAAGGAAGUUCGCGAGUGUCGUUGCCACAUUAGAUAAAUCUGUCGGUCGGGUGGUCGAUGCUCUAAACAAGAAGGACAUGUUAAAGAACACGAUCAUACUUUUUAUAAGCGAUAAUGGAGCGCAAACCGAAGGUCCAUUAUAUCAAAAUUUUGGAUCUAAUUAUCCAUUACGGGGGUUGAAAUCCUCGCUAUACGAAGGGGGUGUUCGAGGUGCGGCGUGCAUUUACUCACCCUUGAUUGAGAACUCGUCGAGGGUCUCAACGCAAUUCUUUCAUAUUACCGAUUGGCUACCCACGCUAUACUCCGCAGCUGGCGGUAAUUCAAACGAUUUGAACCAAUUGGAUGGCAUUGACCAGUGGUCCACGAUCAAAACACAGGAAACUAGCAAGCGGAAAUCGGUUGUCAUAAAUAUCGAAGACGUUGAUUACAGUGCUGCAUUAAUGGGACGUUACAAACUUGUUCAAGAUAAGUCCGAGUUUCAGAAGCAUUAUACUGAUUAUAAAGGUAAUGACCCGUCGUAUCCCAAAUAUAACGUGACAAAUGUAUUAAAGUCACCAGCUGCAUCAGCCAUAGCGAAUGUUUCAACUCACGUAGUAACUGCAAGUAAAAUAGAAGAGCUCCGAAAAGAGGCCACGGUAGUUUGCGAGAAUCUUACGACUUCCGAUUGCGAAAAUCGUACUUGCUUAUUCGAUAUCUAUGAAGAUCCUUGCGAAGUUACGGAUAUAUCUUCUCAGUAUCCUGAGGUCAUGCAGAGUUUGAACGUGCUCAUCGAGUGCUAUAAAAAGCUGGGCUACGAGAAUGAGAUCAUUUUAGACGCCGAUCCUGCUGGCUAUCCGUCCAACUUUAACAACACUUGGAUGCCAUGGUUGCCGGACGACUAUGUGCCGAGCAACAAAGUAUAUUUCACGAUAAACGGAGCUACGCGGAAAUAUAACUUUACUUCGAUCUUAUCUGAGGACGUUUGCGAUUCUGCUGAGAAACUCGAUUGAAACCAGUUUUGAGACGUUAAUGCAUUCGUUAAUCACAAAUAGAUGAAUCUUGA